GAUAAUGAAAAGCUGUUUUAAUUCAGUUAACUGGACAUGCUAGUGCCGUGGUUUUACCUGGACUUGUGUAAUUGCAAGUGUAAAACCUCACUUAAACACCUUAAAAGAGUCAGAGAACAUCAUAGUUGCAUUAAUUGUGCCCUGUGGAUUUGUUCAUUUAGUAUUACAAGGAAUAAGCAAUAUUUGCUUUCAUCGUUUCUCUCUUUUAGGGACAAUGUGAUGUGUGUAAUAUUUGUGCAAAUAUAAAACAAAGCAAAAACAAACAUACACUGAGCUUGUAUGUGUUUAACAUGACGUUCACAAUCACUCAUACCCACAAAACUGAUAAGACUCGAUUUUCACGUGGGUUCAUCCACACCAGCGCAAAAACAAACAUGCUUGCACAGCCAUGUCCCUUUUAAGCUCCGCCCGACAAGUCUUCCGGUCCCUAUUGGUGGCCUUUUGCGUGUACGUUCGGUUGCACUACAGAGAACGCCCAACGUGUCAAUCGGUUCAGAAGAUCCCCAGCAACUCGCAACUACUGGCUUGCAGUUGAGUAGUUUGUUAAGACUGUUUAUAUCCGCCGGUAGAUUUUUGCGCCCUUAGCUAUGGAUAACCUCAAAGACGGGUGGUUCACCGAAACAUGCACAUUAUGGCCCGGCCAAGCGAUGAGUCUUCAAGUGGAUGAAGUGUUGUAUAAUAAAAAAUCCAAGUACCAGGAUGUCAUGGUUUUUAAAAGCAAAACAUAUGGAAAUGUGUUGGUUUUGGAUGGGGUCAUCCAAUGCACAGAACGAGAUGAAUUUUCUUAUCAGGAAAUGAUUGCCAAUCUGCCUCUCUGCUGCCACCCUUGCCCAAAGAAGGUUCUGAUAAUUGGUGGAGGAGAUGGUGGUGUUUUGAGGGAAGUGGUCAAGCAUCCCCUGGUGGAGUCUGUUGUCCAGUGUGAAAUCGAUGAGGAUGUGAUAAACGUCUCCAAAAAGUACCUCCCUGGAAUGGCAAAAGGAUUCUUCAGCCCGAAGCUCACUCUGAAUGUAGGUGAUGGAUUUGAGUUUAUGAAACAGAAUCAGGAUGCCUUUGACGUCAUCAUCACAGACUCUUCAGAUCCUGUCGGUCCGGCUGAAAGCUUAUUCAAAGAGUCAUACUAUCAGCUCAUGAAAACAGCACUUUGUGAAGGAGGAAUUCUUUGCUGUCAAGGAGAAUGUCAGUGGCUGCAUUUGGAACUGAUCAAAGAAAUGCGGACCUUCUGCAAGACGCUUUUUCCUGUAGUGGACUAUGCGUAUUGCACUAUCCCAACCUACCCAAGUGGGCAAAUCGGCUUCAUGCUUUGCAGUAAAAAUCUGAAAACAAAUUUCCGUGAACCUGUACGAGAACUAACAAGAGAUGAGAUCGAGAGCAUGAACCUGAAAUAUUACAAUCCAGAAAUCCACCGUGCUGCAUUUAUCCUCCCAGAAUUUGCCAGAAAGGUUCUAAGUGAAGCGUAAAUGGCUUCAUGGUUGCCAUUUUGUAUCCCGCUGCCUUCUGUGAAAGCAGACUCAAAACUCUCACCACAGCUGCAGUACCUCACUCAGGAUCACUUCUCGGCUUCUGAUUGGUUAAUGGACUUGUACAAGUUGAAAUGCUCUCUGUGGGGAAAUUCUCUGCAUCUCUCAUCAGUAUUUCUGUCAAGUCUUAAGAGUUGUUUGGUCUCCUUUUACAAUAGCACUACUGCCCACAUCAAACUUUAUGAACUAUUCAAAGAGACAAUCAUGCAUUUAUUAUGAUAGGUUCCAUAGUAUUUGUUUACCUUGUUACAGAAAUAUGGAGUAAUGUUUCACCCUAGCUCUCUUGCUAAACAUUACCUACUCAAUUUAAUAAACACAUUUUAAGAAAUUAACUGACUGACUGUAAGCCUAGUAGGUUCUUGAAUUUCUGGUAGAAUACGACCUCACCUGUGCAUGUCUGCUUUGUAAACCCUUUAAAAAAAUAUCAGGUUACUGAUUUUUGUACAUAUUUUAUUGAGGUGUCAUUAUGGGUCCGAUUGUCAGCAGUAAACAACUAUCAAACAGAAGUGAAAAACUAAUUGUAGCGUUUUAUUUAGGUCUCAGAAAUGUUUGUCAUAAAUAUGUCCUCAAUACGCACAGUCCUAUAUGACAGACCACUUUUCUGAUCGGCUAGUGUCAGUGAAGUGCAGUUCUGACCGCAAGAUGGCGUCCGUUGCUUAUAGUAAAUUCACCAACAUCAUCGCGCCAUCAAUUCAGCAGUGACGGAAAUGAAUAAACGCUUGUUUUUGAGGAAUUUCGAGAUUCGUUUUUCAAUUUAUUUACAGGUAAAAAUGUAAUAUAUUUUCUAAACAUAGGCUCUUAAUGAAGUAUGAAGUAUUAAACAUACGUUGAAUUAAACAGAUUUCUAAAAAGCAAAUACAUAGCUUGAAGUUUUAGUUUUUUAUCGGUAACGUUGAUAUCUCGUGGUUAUGAUGAUGUAACAGUUAACGUGUACGGUUCUCUACUGGUAAUAUGUUGAUAUUUAUUGGUGGGAUGUUAUCUAAUCGAUGGAUACAAACACCAGAACACGAUCAAAUCCUGCUGUUAGGCACAUUUUGAAAUUGUUUUAAUGCUAUUUCUAUUUUUUUCACCGGGUUGAUGAGAAAUAUAACAAGAAGCGUUGACAGAAGUUUUAUAAGGUUUUAUUUUUAACCUAUUACGUUUACAUUAAAAGACGAAAUAUUAAGUUAUCAAAACCCCUGCUGAGACAACACGAGGAUGUAAGGUUAGAUGCGUACUGUGACGCCGGAGAUGUUUGAAGUUAGUUUGAAAGUGAACGCUAGAUUUGUUAGGCAGCGGUCAAUAGGCAUGAAUUCUUCAAACGCACCUUAUCAGGAUUCGGCUGUGGGCAGCUCAUCUCAAAAGUGUUCAUCUUGACUGAGCCUCAGGCCCUAGCGUCUGUCCGUGGCUUGUCUGCUGUGAAAAAUGUGCUCAAGCUCGAGUAUUAGGGCUCCUAGCUACGGGGACUCGGUUGGGGUGUGUGUAUGCAUAUCCAAAAAGGUGUCUUUCAGAUCUUGUGUGGGUGCCAGGAAGCUGACCAGAAUGAGAACAUGGCACGAGCUCAUAAGUCAAUGACAGUCAUUCCUUUCAUUUUCACGUUCCAUUGAUUGCAGGACAGUGCCUUUUUGGUUUAAUUGAUGACAUACAUGAUUUUGAGAUUAAAUAUAAUAUGGUCUUUAUUAGGUGAAGUAUGGCCUUAAAUAAGCUAAAUUAUAAACCCGUAUAUAAGUUGUGAAACAACUGUGUCCUUUAAAUUAUUAUGAUUUGUGCCAUUAAUGCUUAGAGUUCAAUUAAGUGGUUGGAAACUCGUUGACUUUAAAUUUAGGGCAGCAAUUAAAGUGUUUUUUAUCAAGACUGACAAAUGCUUUUACAGACUGCUCGGAAAGAUAUGUCUAUACCAUAAGAAAUUUACAUUCAAAUACGGUCUAUCCGUAUCGGUGUGUUAUUUUUCUCAUUUUCAUCUGUAGUAUUGCAAAUAUUAGUUGCUGUUAUAUUCUUACAAGGUUCUCAGUCUCUGGUUAAAAGACUAAAUCUUCUUAUUCACUAUCAAAUCCAUCAUCUUUUCUUUGAAAACCAUACAGACAGUUUCCUCAGCUGUUCCAGGUGCCAGACGGUUCGAUGUCAGUCUGAAGGAGGAGGAGAUGUGAUUAAUUACAUGUUGGAAUGGAGCAGAACGUCACUUUAUACGACAUAAAAGGUCGGUGUGAUUUCUCUCUAAGACACACUGUAUUGAUAUCACAAUACCACUGAGUGAGUGCAUCAUGUAAUUACAGUGUGCUUUUGGCUGACGUACUUCCUGAAACUUGUUUCAUUGCUUAGGCAUCAAUACGCUCUACAUAGAUGUAAAUUAUAAUUAGCAUAAACAAUAUGAGAACUUUUCGUAAUCACUUUAUCGGUAAUUUCAUCAUCAUCAACGUUUUUCCUUGCCUCCGCUUUGACUGAAAUCAGAGGCAUUUUUAGAGCGGUGACGUGAGCAUGGUGUCGCAGUCCUUCCCACCAGAGUAACGUCUGGUUUGUUGGGGGGGUUAACUACUCAAUGCAUUUGUUAGUUCG